CGCGGCAGUAUGACAGGACGUGACGCGGCGGCGUCUGCAAUGUUUACAGUCUUAUUUGCAUCUUAAGUAUUUUUAAUAAUUUUCCAGGAGAAAGAUGGAUCUUGUCGCAGUCUUCCUCCGUCCACUCUUCUGAGCAUCUUCUCCCAGGAGUACCAGAAGAGGAUGAAGCGCAGCAUGGUGAGACAUCACGCUCCUGAUGUGGUCAAAGCAUAUUAUCAGAGGUACCGCAGCGAAGCCAAGACUCGUCCUACAGCCCCGCUUCUGCUGGAGCUCGCCAACCAGGUGGACCUGUCUCCGGCUCUCCUGGCCCGUCUGAUUGUGGAGUGUUUUCUGGAGGAGCGCGAGGCUUCAGUCGCAGCUUCCAGACACGUCCUCAACAACAUGCUGCGCGAGCCGUAUUCAAUUCCAGACCUGCUGUUAGCGAAGCACGUCGAGCAGUGCACAGUAAAUGACUGCUGUUAUGGACCGCUGGUCAACUGCAUCAAACAUGCCGUCGGUCUGGAGCAUGAAGACCUGCUACGAGACAAACUCAGAGAGAAGAACUUGUCGUUUUUAGAUGAGAACCAACUCCGUAUCAAAGGCUACGACAAAACCCCGGACAUCAUUCUGGAGGUGCCUAUAGCUGUUGAUGGUCAUAUAGUUCACUGGAUUGAGAGCAAAGCUUCAUUUGGAGACGAGCACAGCCAUCACACGUACCUGAACGAGCAGUUCUGGAGCUACUGCAACAGGUUUGGUCCCGGUCUGGUCAUCUACUGGUACGGGUUCGUAUCGGAGCUGGACUGCCAGCGGGGCCGAGGGAUCCUGCUGAGAGACGGCUUCCCCUCGGACAUCGUAACCCUGAGCCAAGUCUGACCCGUCACGGGGACGUUUGUUGCUGUCAGUCCGGAAGCAAUUUAGCUUUCCUGCAGCGUGAGACUCCUGGCAAACAUCUGCUGUGAACUCCGGCUGAACUCCAGCGGCUCGGGAGAGAAAACACCGGCUCCUCAAAUCCUGCCGAGGCCGGUGACACGCGUCACUCUUAUCUUGCUCAGAGACGCCGAUGGAUGAGACGUUUGU